AUCUAAACAUGGCAGCCUGUGCUUUUCAGUCAUGGAAAGAUCAGUGUCUCAAUAAGUGUGAUUUCAGUAAGAAGGGUAGUGUGGAUGACGAUAUUUCUCAUAUCGUCUCCUUUAUUAACAGCCACGAUCAGUAUUUCACGACAAGCUCUUGCUCCGGAAGAAUUAUCCUUUUUGAUGGGGCAUGGGACUGCCAAGUGCAAAAGCAAAACUGCUCCUGGUUAUAUGUUACCCAUCAGAAGUGCCAAAGUGAAGAUGUGCUUACAAGUAUCGAGAAGUCUGUUGGAGAUGCCACUUUAAAGUUUGAGCCUUUUGUCCUUCACGUUCAGUGUAAAAAGCUUGAAGAUGCACAGCUACUGCAUUCUGUUGCAAUAAACUCAGGCUUUAGGAAUUCUGGUAUAACUGUGGGAAAGAAAGGAAAGAUCAUCAUGGCAGUACGCAGCACACAUUGUCUUGAGGUUCCUGUGAGCCACAGAGGAACAGUACUCAUCACUGACCAAUAUCUUGAUUUCAUUGUCAAUGUUUCUAACCAGAAGAUGGAAGAAAAUCACAAAAGAAUAGAAAGAUUCUAUGAGUGCUUACAUACCGCCCUACAACCUCAAGAACAGAAAUCUAUUUUAAAGGAAGCAGACGAGAAACCUAUUUACAGACGGAGAAGAAAAAGGACACAGGAUGGUUCUUUGCCAGACCUUUGCCAGAGAGUGAAUCAUAAUGAAAACAGUGAAGAGGAAACUGUCUGUGAUAUACUGUUUUUAUGACAGGAAAUCUUCCUUUACAUCAUAUGUUCAUUCUCUAAGGUUUUUCAACAGUGCAUUAUCCAAAGUUGUUAAACAACCCAUUACAACAUUAGACAUAAACUUUUUUUAAUGACACAGGUAGAUUAAAACGACCCAAUCAAACUACCUUAAAGUAGCAUUUUUGAUAAGAAGUGUGUUUCCUCAAAAGCUUUAUUUCAUAUUCCUCUUAGUGAAACAUGCUGUUACUUCCGAGCCUUUGAAUAUGUAAAACUUAAAGCUUUUGUUCAUGCAGAAGUAAGAUGCUGUUCAGCGUACUGUUCAACUUUGUCUUUCACAGUGAUGUAGAAAUCAAAGAUGUUAUUCAUCUCUGACAAGCAAUUUGUCAGCAUCAUGCGGAAAACUUUGUGUGGUUUGUAGUACAUUUCCUAUGGAUUAAAAGGCAUUACUGUUGGGGUCUUGUACUGUAAUGCCUCAUUUAAAUGAUUUGGCUCAUUAACUACAUCUGCUUCAGUUUGCUUUUGAGUUCUCGUUUUCAUCAGACAUAAUAAAAGAAGGAAUAUUUUUA